GACCUCCAGCUGCGGCCAUGGAGAAGUACCAGGUGCUGGGCCUGGUUGGGGAAGGCAGCUACGGGGUGGUGACCAAGUGCAGAAACAAGGAGAGCGGGCAGAUCGUCGCCGUCAAGAAGUUCCUGGAAAGCGAGGACGAUGCGGUGGUGAGGAAGAUCGCCGUGAGGGAAAUCAAGCUGCUGAAGCAACUCAGGCAUGAGAAUCUCGUGAACCUGCUGGAAGUGUGCAAAAAGAAGAAACGGUGGUAUCUGGUGUUUGAAUUUGUGGAUCACACGGUGCUUGAUGACCUUGAGGCAUUUCCAAACGGACUAGACUACAGCAGGGUUCGGAAAUACUUAUUUCAGAUUAUGAGAGGAAUUGCGUUUUGUCACAGUCAUAAUAUAAUACAUCGGGACAUUAAGCCAGAGAACAUACUAGUUUCCCAGUCGGGAGUUGUAAAACUAUGUGAUUUUGGAUUUGCCCGUACUUUAGCAGCUUCGGGAGAAGCUUACACAGACUACGUGGCAACCCGAUGGUACAGAGCUCCAGAGCUGCUGGUGGGAGAUACCAAGUAUGGCAAGGCUGUGGAUGUGUGGGCUAUCGGCGCUCUGAUAACAGAAAUGCUUACAGGAGAGCCCCUCUUCCCUGGAGACUCAGAUAUUGACCAGCUCUACCAUAUCACCAAGUGCCUGGGUAACUUAAUUCCAAGACACCAAGAGUUAUUCUAUAAAAAUCCCCUAUUUGCUGGCAUGAGGUUGCCUGAAGUGAAGGAGGCCGAAUCUCUGGACAAACGAUAUCCCAAGCUCUCUGCUGCGGUGUUAGAUUUGGCCAAGAAAUGUUUGCAGAUUGAUCCAGACAAAAGACCAUCCUGUGCUGAACUCUUGCAGUGCGAUUUCUUUAACAAGGAUGGAUUUGCUGAAAGAUUUGCUCAGGAGCUUAAAUUAAAGAUUCAGAAAGAUGCCAGAGACCAUCAGUUACAAAAAAAAUCAAAAAUCAGCAAAAGGGACAAAGAUGAUCUUUUAGAAGAAAGAAAAAUGCUUGGUAUCCAGGAUUUCAGCAUUGACCCGAAGAGCAGAGAUACAAAGCUAUUAAAGGCGAAGCGCUCGAAAGCUGAUGCAGAGAAAGCAAACCGAUCCUCCAACCUGAGCUCCCUCUACGACAGUGCGAUCAACCCCUUUAAAAUAAGCCCUCACACCAGCCUAAAAGAUUCCAGCAGCAGCUUGGACUAUGCCAAGAAUGCAGGCAUAGUUAUUCCUCCCAUCAACCAGAACCUUUCUCCCACUACGGUGGGGAUAGGGCCUGUGCCUGGAAACCUUAAUUACAGAGUUGAUGAGAAGAGUAAAAAAUACUUGAACCCCUUCCUAAAGCAACGGAAGCAUUCUCCAGCGGGCCAUUACAGCGUAAGCUUGACAUCGGUUACUAAUGAAAAAAACAUCCUUCAGGCAAAUAGGAAAAAAUGGGAAUUCUCCAAGGCAGAUGUGCGUUUGCCAGAACUAAAUCAUCUCCCUGAACUCAGAGGAGUGGAAGGUAGGACGUGGCAUCCCAGAUUUCUGAAGAAGGAAAAUAAACCAGUUUCAGAGUCCCGUGUCCCCUCUCUUGCUGCUAUUGACCUCCAUACCCCAAGUCUGGCCUCACAGCAGCUGUCGGGGACCUUGAUGCCCGAUGUCUCAGAAGCCAGUUUCCCCAGAGUCGACCACUAG